GUACAAUAAUUCCACAAUGUUAACUUUGAGACAACCUUAUGCAGAUACAAUAAAAAGGAGCCCUUGUUUUUCCCGUUUGUUGUUUCCUACGUUGUUACUGUCAGGGAUCAUCUCUUGCAUGCACCCAUGGGGAACAUCUCAAAACUCAAACCUAUUCUGCUCGUCUUCUUAUUCUUCCUUCUCACUCACAUUUCAAUCGGUGCUUCUACUCCUCGUUACAUUCCGGUUGAUAAUAUUGCCCUCAACUGCGGCACUUAUGGCAACUCAACGGAUAGGUACUAUCAGCACGAGUGGAUUGGAGACAUAGAGCCCUCCAAAUUCGCUCCCAAAGAAGAACGUAACCAGAAAUCUAUUACCUCAAAUGCCAAAAGCCGAGAUCCAUCUGUCGAAACUGUCCCCUUCAUGAAUGCCCGUUUAUCCUAUUCCCAAUUCACCUACGUCUUCCAUGUCACCUCUGGUCCUAAAUUUGUUCGGUUGUUCUUUUACGCAGAUUCAUACUCUGAUUUUGAUGGAUCUCUGGCGUUUUUUACCGUCAAAGCAAACAGUAAGUUCACCUUACUUAGCAACUUCAGUGCUUCCAUUCUUGCUAAUUACUUGGGGGGCUCAAAACGUCUUUCUAAAGAGUUCUGCAUCAACGUUGAAGAGGAUCAAAAAUUGAAUUUGACAUUCAUUCCAAAACCAAGUGCUAAUUCUAGCAGAUUCUUUGCUUUUGUUAAUGGAAUUGAGAUCGUCUCCAUGCCAACGUACCUCUACUAUAGCAAUCCAGAAAAAUCAAGCCCACCUUACGUUGGCCAAAGUAGUCAGUUCUCUAUAGACAACAACAGUGCACUCGAGAUGAUUCAUCGACUCAAUAUAGGCGGGAGCUCGUUAUCGCCGACGGAAGAUACUGGCAUGUUUAGAGAAUGGUCCGACAGCACUUACUUGUUGAGUGGAGGCGUGAUCCCCCGUCAGCCAAAUUUGACGCCCAAUUACUCAGCAAUACCAAAUUACACUGCCCCUGAUAACGUUUAUCGGUCUGCAAUCACGAUGGGUCCAAACAUAACUUGGAAUUUGCAGUCUAAUUUGACAUGGGGUUUAUCCGUAGAUCCGGGGUUCGAUUAUCUGGUCAGGCUUCAUUUCUGUGAAAUUGAGCCCAGUAUAACAAUGGCCGGCGAAAGGCCAUUCAUUAUCUAUAUAGACAACAAGACAGCUGAAGAUAACGCUGAUGUAAUUAUGUGGAGCGGAGGAAGGGAUACGCCAUGGUAUCAGGACUAUGUAGUACGCGUUGAUCAGGAUAAGAGUACACUCUUUAUUGCUCUACACCCUGGAAAAGCUACCAAUGCAAUCUAUGAUGCCAUUUUAAACGGGGCAGAAGUGUUCAAACUGAACGACGGCGAUAACAACCUAGCCGGACCGAAUCCUGCCAGUACUUUGCUGCCCUCUCCACCUCCGGCUCAACAAACUGCUUCGACAUCCAACUCAAGGAAAACAAGAUUCAUUGCCAUUGGAACUGGUGUAGGCUUAUUUUUGGCCUUGCUCACUUUAGCGUGUUGCGUGGUUGUUUGGAAACUGCGGUCAUCUAAGCGUUAUGGUUCUUACUAUCCGGUAUCGAAGUGCUGGUUCUGGUCUGACCAAAACAAAGGAAAGUCAUCAAGGACAAAAGCCUCAUCACUGCCCGAAGAGUUAUGCCGCCAAUUCUCACUUGAAGAAAUCAAAACAGCAACCCACAACUUCAAUGAAGAAUUAGUUAUUGGUGUCGGUGGCUUUGGGAAGGUAUAUAAAGGUUUCAUUGACGAUGGCACUACGACCGUGGCGAUUAAGCGUUUGAACCCAGAGUCAAAGCAAGGGGCCAAAGAGUUUUGGAAGGAGAUUGAGAUGCUUUCCCAACUUCGCCAUGUCCACCUCGUCUCUCUCAUUGGAUACUCCAACGACGAGAGGGAGAUGACCCUUGUCUACGACUACAUGUCCAAUGGGACACUACGAGAACACCUCUAUGACACGAACAAGGAUCCCCUCUCGUGGAUACAAAGGCUCGAAAUUUGCGUCGGAGCAGCGUGUGGUCUGAACUACUUGCACACGGGAGUGAAGCACCCCAUCAUCCACCGUGACGUGAAGACGACCAACAUUUUAUUGGAUGAGAAUUAUGUGGCCAAGGUUUCGGAUUUCGGGUUGUCCAAAGAAGGUCAGGAUGACAAGGCGGUUAGUACCAUGGUAAAGGGCACAUUCGGGUAUUUAGAUCCGGAUUACGCCAGGCGUCGACAACUCACAGAAAAAUCAGACGUGUACUCAUUUGGUGUAGUGCUCUUUGAGGUAUUAUGUGCCCGAAAAGCACUGAAUCCAAAACUGGAGGAAGAGCAAUGGAAUUUGGCCAAUUGGGCUCGAAAAUGCAUUGAGAAAGGGACCAUGGGUGAGAUCAUCGAUCCAAAUCUGAUGGGCAAGGUAGCUCCGGAGUGUUUCAAGGUGUACGUGGAUAUCGCAGAAAGUUGCGUGCGUGAUCAGGGGAGCCAACGGCCCACCAUGAACGAUGUUAUGGAUAAACUUAACUUUGCAUUGCAACGACAAAAGGAAGCAAAUGCCGCGAAGGAGACAAUCAAUCCCUACGGCAGGGAGACCUAUACGGAGGUAUUAUCAUUCCAUGUUUCUGAUACCACUGAAGCUUGCCGAUACAAUAACAUUUUCAGCGGGCACGUGUCAGAAUCGGAUAGUGGAACCUGGUUGACUACAAAUAAUACAGGGAUGACCUACCCAAGUCUUGAGUCUGAUACUGUGAAGUGUGAAGAUGUGUUUACGGACACGAGCAAUAUCUCCAAAGCUUGAAAGUGGUCUUUUUCUAUGUUUUCCCAACGUACGUGUGGGGUAGUACUUGUUAUAUAAAGAUGAGAUAAGGUUGGAAAAGUGAAUAAUAAAAUAAGAUAGAGAAGGAAGAAAGGAUAUGCGUGUCUGAAUCAAGUCGUUUGCUUUGGCUUUCUCGUCCGGAUUCAAUUAUGGAUGAAACUUUAGUAUGUGUAAUUAUUAAUCUUGUUGUCAUAUAAUCAUGUUAAUGUUGUAAAUGUACAAGCCGGGAACUGCCUAAAAAUUCUAUGUAGUACUACUUUGCAAGGCAGCCCUGGUUACUUAUAUAUUGGGACGUGUGAGACAAAAAUAUGUCUUCAUCUUUUUCCUUCUCGAUAAUUUUCUUCUCGAUGUAUCAAGUACGUGCAUGGCCGUAUUUUGGUGUUAAAAAAAUAAAAUAAAAAUAGUUUUCUCUA